AUGGGUGGCAGGCUUGGAGUUGCCGACCAGAUCGUGGAGAUACUGGAGAUAAGGACGAUGGUCAUUAAACCUUCUUGGUCUUAUCCGUCCAAAGCAGAUUAUCACGUGCAAUUUAUCAUCACCUACCCUCAUUCAUACGACGUAAAUCGGACCAGACACUACGGAGUACCUGCCUUGGACGGAGAUCUUCAAACUCCCGAGGGGCCCGAGGACCGUGCGGAUUGGAAUUCUCUGACUCCAACCUCUUUCCAUUCUACCCACUGUCCUCAACCUGCGCAUCAGUACCACUGUUCUACCGCGCACAAAAGCGCACACGCGACAUCCAUCGUACCACCCCUCUUUCCCCAAAGUCACCCCGACAAUACCGCCAAGCUGGAUUCCUCAGUAGCAAUGCCGAACUCCCCCCCUCCUGCGCUGCUUCCGCCGCCGGAGGGUAUAUUCCGUAACUUUGAGGAUCUCCUCAGUUCGGUCCAGCGCGUCGCGAAGGACCAGGGCUACGGAGUCGUCAAGCUGCGUGCCUCCAACUACCGCGACGGCAAGCCCACCCGCUACGACCUCGUCUGCGACCGCGGGGGCGUCAAGUACUCGAGCACGGCGAAGAAGCGAAACCCGUCGACGCGCAAGGUCGACUGCCCCUGGCGUGCCAAGGCCGUCUGCGAAGUCCAGCUGGGCAACCAGUGGCGCUUCGCCGUCCAAGAGUCACGCCACAACCACGAGCCCCGGAUCGCGACCGCGCCGCCGGGGCAGGAGAACACGCCGCUCGCGCAGAGCAUGCGCAGCUUCACCAACAAAAUCGAUCGCCUCUCCCACGACAUGGCGCAGGGGUUCAUCCGCAUCGAACAGGCCCUCGACAACCUCAACAAGCGGCUCGAGAACCUGGAGAACCGCACGGGUGGGUACGAGCCCCGAUUCCAGAACAUGGAGUCGCGCCUUCAGGGCGUCGAGGCCCGUGGCAGCGGCAUGGAACUUCCCAUGGACGACGUCGACGCGCGGCUUCUGCAGAGCGGUGUGAUGCCCAAUGACGCCGUCGGUCGUGAGGAUAUCACCGACAAGGACGUAGCUGCUGUUUGUCAACUCGAGACCAAACGAGGUUAA